AUGUCGACAAACAAGCCAGAUAACGACAAAUUAUACGAUAUCAUCAUUAUUGGUGCCGGUGUGGUCGGACCGUGUAUCGCCAGAUGUAUGGCAAGACAAGGAAGAAAGGUUUUAAUCGCUGAGAGAGAAUGGAGUUGCCCAAACCGUAUUGUUGGUGAGUUGAUGCAGCCAUCUGGUCUUAAAGCUUUGAAACAGCUUGGUAUGAUCAAGGCUAUCAACAACAUUGAGGCCAACGAAGUUGAUGGUUAUUAUAUUGAAUUCAACGGAAAAGAAGUUUCCAUCGAUUACCCAAGCAAGAACGUUGAGUCGGCUCUUGACACUACACCUGUUCCAAAAGCCAUUCAAAAAGGUGAUGAGGACAAGGUUGGCACUGAUUCUACCAUUGAUGCUAAGAAGUGGGAAGAGUGCCCACACGUUAAGGGUGCAUCUUUCCGUCACGGCCAGUUUUUGACUAAUCUCAGAAAUCUCUGUUUGAGCGAGCCAAAUGUGACUAAGUUGGACGGUAGUGUCACUGGGGUCAUCAAGAAUGAUAAGGAUUGCGUCUGUGGUAUUACUGUCGCUAAUCAAGGCUCUUUCAAGGGUAGAUUGGUCAUUAACUGUGAUGGUAUCUACUCCAAGUUCAGAAAAGAAUUAGACGAGGACUUUGUUCCUAAGGUUGGUUCGUACUUCAUUGGAUUGGAGUUGAAGGAUGCCAAAUUGCCAAAGCCACACUUUGGACAUGUUCUCUUGGGUGAACAUGCUCCAGUCUUAAUUUACCAGAUGGACCCUCACAGCAGCAGAAUGCUUUGCGCUUACAGAUCGAAGACCUUGCCUAAGAGAAGCGAGGUGUUAAAUUACCUGCGUACUCGGGUUCUUCCUCAGUUGCCAAAGUGUGUGAAGCCAAGUUUUGAGGAGGCUCUCAACCAGAAGGGUCAGGAUAUUUAUAGGGCUAUGCCUAACCAAUACUUGCCUGCUCGUUUGAACGAUGUUCCAGGCUUUGUCUGUAUUGGUGACUCUCUUAACAUGAGACAUCCAUUGACCGGUGGUGGUAUGACCGUUGGUCUUAAUGAUGCUGUCAUGUUCUGUAAGAUGUUGUCCGACCUGAGUAACGAGCAAUUAGGCCACGAGGAGAUCGUUUUGGAGAGAUUGAUUGACUUCCAUACCGAAAGGAAGCAUUUGGAUGCCGUUAUCAAUGCCCUUUCGCUUGCGUUGUACACCUUGUUUGCUGCUGAUAACAAGUACUUGCAGAUUUUGCAAAGAGGUGUUUUUGCUUAUUUCUUGAGAGGUGGCGUUUACGUCGGUCAGCCAAUCGGAUUGUUAAGUGGUUUGAUUCCAAGCAUCUGGGUCUUGUUCAGCAACUUCUUUGCCGUUGCUUUCUAUGCUUGCCGUCUAAACUUUGCUGCUAGAGGUAUUGUGGGUUUCCCAUUGGCACUUUACGAAAACAUUGUUGUUUUGUUCACAGCAGCUCACGUUUUCCUACCUAUUCUCUUCGGCGAGAUCUUUACUUAA